AUGCCAUACGAACAAAUAAAUCAACUAGAACCUAAUGGAAGUACAGGCUUGCAUGCAGCUUCAAUCUAUGGGCAUACACGCAUCGUUCACCUUCUUUUACAUGAAUAUGGUUGUGAACGUCAUCAUCUAAAUUCUUAUGGCUUAACUGCUUAUGAGGAAGCAAAAACACCAGAAAUUCGACAGUUAUUUUAUCGUACUUCACAUAUUAAUCGGUUUUAUGAUGAACACAAUACUUUCAAAAAUACAUUCGAGAUUGUUUCUUCAACCACAAAGAACCUUGCCGAUAACAAUGAAAACAGUGAAAAAAUUAAUAAAUACAUCCAACGUUUUGUAACAAAAGAAGAAAUUGAUAAAGAAAUUAGUGUGCUUAGUCAAAGUAAAAAGCUUCUUCAAACAAGACGUGGACGCUAUAUUAUUCGAAAAGUACUAAAACAUCAACGUUUGGAUGAUGACAGAUUUAAUAAGUGUAUGACAGACAAAGCAUUUAGAGUAGAAACAAUACGAAAAGUAAUCGAGGAAAAAGUGACACCAAUGCAUUUGGAAUAUAAAAAGUGUUCUCGACUUCUAUUAAAUUAUGCUCAACAUGAAAGCAUAAAUGAUUUAUUAAAGCUCUACACAUUAGAAACACCAUUUUACUAUCAAUUACGAGAUGAUUUUUCAUCAUUAUUUUGGCCUUUAAUGUUGCAAAACGAUUUAAAAUAUCGACGUUUUCAAGGUAUCUCGUAUCGUGGUGUAACAAUGACAAAUGAUGAUUUAGAGUGUUAUUGGUUAGCUUGGAAUAACCCCGAAAGCAUUAUUGAAACGCAAACAUUUUCAUCAACAUCAUUGGAUCGAUCUGUAGCUGAAGAGUUUGCUCAAUCACAGUCAACAACAUCACCUAAUACAAUACGUGUUUUAAUGGUAUUUAAUUUUCCUCAUGCAUGCGAACAAGCACUAUAUUUAGGUAAAAUACCUGAGUACAGUCUUCCAUGUGCAUCCGAAUAUGAAAAUGAACAAGAAAUAUUAAUUGUACCGUUUACAACGUUUCAUGUAGAAAAUAUUCAAAUUAACUCUGAUGAACAUCAUACAACAGUAAUUUCAUUAAAAAAUACUCCUCUUAAAAAACUAUCCGUAUCAAUUGCAUCAAAAGUAUUUCUAACAGGAAAUACACAAGAGCAUAGGCGUAUGCUACAAAAGGUUGGGUUUUAA